AUGAGCUCCCUUCGCCUCAUGCAAGCAAGAAUCUUCCAACAACGACAGCUGGCAGUUUUACUGGCCCUUUUCGGUCAAGUUUGUAUCCAAUUUGCAAAUAGCCAACGAGUCAAAUAUGGGUGCUUUGAUGAUAACCCACAAGCCUUUGAAUGUGUCAGUCUUAGCACAGGCAGUGGAUCUGUUCCAGAAUGGUUGAUUGCAGGGAACAUGACAGAAGCUGAGGAAGGAUGCCUUCACUUGGCGUUGAAUGUAUUCAAAAGCAGGGAGAUCUACAUCGACCGGACAAAACACGAGAAGUAUCUCAACAAUGUUACAGCCAGAGAUCCCCAUUGUGGACUGAUUCAGAGAGCCUACAAGCAUUGCAAUUUUUGUGUAGGCGACGCAAUGGGCGUAUUAUCUUAUCAGUCAUUCUGCGAGGAUGCGACUUUUGCCCGUCAAUGUGGCUUAUACUUCCAGAAAACUCGCGACGAAAUUGUGGCAGGCGAUUCUGAUAAUCCAGACUUCUUUCGAAGCGAAGCUGAUAUCGAUGACACCUGUGAAGCCAUGUUGACCCACCUCUAUGAACCAGGGCAUGCUAAUUUGCUUGACGUAGGCAUGACGUGGUCGCCUCUGUCUGUAGUUUUCUGCUGGAGAGUCUUCCUGUCAUCACACCUUUGCCCGUGGAGAUGCCAGGGUGGAUGUUUCACAGAGGAACAUCCACCGACUUGUGAUGCGGAGUACGAUGAAGAUGAGACCAACGAAUUAUUGCUGUCCAUCCAAAAUCAACCAAAUGCCUCAAUGAGGAAUUUCUCUUCAAUCAUCACCGCAGGAGAACCAGAACACAACAAAACUGUCAACGAUGUAUGCGAGGACAUUCAAAAUUCGGUGUUCUCAGGAUGGAAUAUCAACAAUAUUCUCAAUAUAUCCGAGCACCUGACAUUUCUAAAUGCCAUCACCGGACAAUCUGCUUUUUGUGAUGAGGCAAGGCUUGCAUAUCCACACUGUGUUUGGUGCAAGUUGGAUGAUCUAUGCUUUGGUGAGGAUGACCCGAUAUCAUGCGAAGUUUCUCCCUCAAGUUUCUCAAGCCCUUUCCAACAACAUGAUUUGGAUCCAAAGCUAUGUAGAGACAUGGUACAGAGUGUAUUUGAACAUGACACUGAUGACAACUACACUACAAACUGGGAAACAUCCAAGUAUGCAAUUAAGAAUGGGUCCACUUUUUGUGAGGGUGCAAGACGAGCAUUUUCUUCAUGUUUUUGGUGUGCACCCCACGACCUUGGUGAAGAUGCCGUAUCUCUGUGCCAAUCUAGCGAAAACUACUGUCGAUUGAGAGAUGAAAUUGUUGUUCCUGAUGAGUUCCUGUCUGAUCUCAUGGAGGACCCUUCCCUCAGUCCUGUUGUCUAUGGGCUGGUGACUGCAAAGGACACAGCCAAUUACUGCAAAAGAUACAAUUCAGUUGUUCUUCGUUGGAAGGACUUUGCUGAAGCUGACAACUAUGCAUAUUGGGGAUGCUUGCAGAAGAUACUGCUUGCAAAACAUUGUCCAGAGCAAAUCUGCCCAGAACCUCCCACUGAUCCAUACUCCAUCAAAUACCUGGGUGCUGAGACAACAGCAGAAAAGAGAGCCCUCAUCUGGGUCUCCAGAAUUGCAGCUUGCGUCUCCCUGUGUGGUGCAAUCUAUGUGUUGUAUGACAGCUUGUCGGAUCCGCGAGCUCGAAAGACUGUGUAUCACCAAUUACUUGCUGGAAUGAGCAGCUUUGAUUUGAUGACAGCCAUAUCAUGGGCAUUUGCGACGGCCCCUAUCAAUGAUAAUCGUAUAGAGGGUGCAAUUGGAAAUGAUGCAACCUGCACAGCCCAAGGAUUCUUUAUCCAGCUGGGAUUUACAAGCAUCUUCUAUGCCAUGUCUCUUGCUUUCUACUAUUACUUGGUAAUUGCAUGUGGGUGGAAGGAGUUUCAGUUACAGAAGAUUCUCCUGUUUCUGCAUGGGGUUCCUCUUCUUGUGGGGUUUACACUUGCAUUUGCUGCUAUCCCAGAGUAUGACCUGAUUGUCUAUGUUUGUCAUCUGAAACCUCACUCGAAAACAGAAGGGAAGCUGUGGCCAAGUCUCGUGUAUGUGGUGGUUCCACUGUCAAUUGCAAUUGUGUCGAUCACGACAUGCAUGAUACUCGUUUACAACAGCGUCAGGGCGCGCGCGGGAGCUUCCAGAAAAUGGUCAUUUGGAAUUGGAAAAUCCAGCAAAAUGCAACAAGCAGUGUUCUGGCAGGCCUUGUUUUAUGUGGGAGCAUUCUAUGUCACAUGGCCAACCAUGUUCGGUGUCUACCUUGCUUCCAUUGAAGAAGAUGGUCCUCUUUAUGUGUCACUGUUGAUUGCAUUCCUAGCCCCUCUCCAAGGUGCGCUGAAUGCAUUGGUGUACGCCCGCCCAAAAAUACUACAUUACUAUGAUGAGCGAAUGAAGAAGAGAGCACGGCGGCACCGACAGCAACGGCAACAGCAGCAACAACAACAGCAGCAACCCCAGCCGCGGACAAUUGCAUCUCAGUUCCUGUCAGUUGUCUAUUUUGCCUUGCCUUUUAAUCUGAACAGCACCCAGGAAGAUGACAACAAUGCCAACGGUGAUGCUGCCGCCCCUACCGUUACCAGGCAACGCAUGCGAAGUGUUGACCCUUCGGUUGCUCUGGCUUCCCAAAGAGAUUCAAAUUCUGUGAUGGAGGACUACAUGGCACACAGGGAGCAGACAGCACCAGCACCACACAUGGAAGCCAUAGCUGAGUCAGUGGCUGGUGAAGACGAGCAAGGACUGGAAGUUGUGUUUCCGGCCAACCCAGAAUCAGGCCAUGCGGAACCAGAAGCUGCUCUUGAUGAUGGAAGCAUUGAAAAACCUGCCCAAAGUCAUGCUCCUGCCCAAAGUGAUGAUGAGCAACAGAUCCCGGACGAAACCAUGGCACCAAUACAGAAAAAUGGUUGA